CUUGUUUUCACAGUGAACACAUCGGCGCUCGACCAUGUGAAUGUGUGCUGCAGCUGUCUUGCUCGCCUAGGAAACACGAGCAGCAACUACGCAGAACGGCUGAAACAGAGUCACAAUGGGCGUGUACCUGGACAGCUGGCUGCUGGAGCUGGCGCUCGCUUUGUCAACGCUGUUGCUGGCCGCCUACCUGAGCUUCCAGUGGAGAUACCAGUACUGGAAGAAGAAGGGCGUCCCUUAUCUGGAGCCGAGUUUCCCAUUCGGUAAUCUGGGGCACAGCCUUCUGGGCCAGAAGUUCUUUGGGGAUGUUCUCCGUGAGCUGUACGAGAGGGCAAGAGGAAAACGAUUCAUUGGUCUCUACUCGAUACUCCGUCCUGUGCUUCUCGUACGGGAUCCUGAAAUUGUUCGCCACAUUCUGAUAAAGGACUUCGCCUCGUUCCGUGAGCGGGGGAUCUUCAUGGACGACGAGGAGCCACUCAACAGGCACUUGUUCUGGCUGCCUGCUCAGGAGUGGCACCAUCGCAGGGCCAAACUGACGCCUGCGUUCAGCUCCGGCAAACUGAAAGGCCUGUUCCAGCUGAUCCAGGAAUGCGGCCGAGAGCUGGCUGAUGUAGCGACGGAGAUGGCGAGUCGCGGAGACCCUGUGGAGGUGCGCGAGGUGGCGUCUCGCUUUACGACUGACGCCAUCGUCUCGGUAGGCUUCGGCCUCUCGUCGGACUCCCAGCGAAACCCCAACUCCGUGUUCCGCGACUGGAGCAGCAGGGCGUUCGCAACCGGUCUCGUAUCGAGUCUCAGCGUCAGACUAAAUUUCAUGGCUCCACGGCUGGCCAGCUUACUAAGGCAAGUCCUUUGGGUCAUAUCAAUUGUUCGUGUAUAG